CUCCAUGGGGACCUGCUGCUGAGCACUAGUCGCUCUUCAGCACCCCCGGUUCGAUGGAUCGGCGUUGAACGGAUUAUUUUACUUCUUUCAAUUUAUUCCGGAAAUCUGUUUGUGGAAUAAUGGCUUGGAUGUUUUUGAUUUUAAUUUUUAGUCUGGAACUUUGUUACAUUGCUGCUAUCGAGCCGCGCUUCACUUCUGAGCCGCCAACGCUGAGUGUCACUGGCGUCCACAGGAUGAACAAAUCGGACAAUUUAGAGCUCACAUGCAGUGGUCGUCAAUACCUGCGAUGGAUCACCCCUCUCACCAGUGCUCGCUUUUCAAUCAGCGACUGUCGCGGAUCGGGACUCUUUUGCAUGGAGCUGAAGAUCACCAACGCCACCGUAAACGAGACGGGACAAUACAGGUGUUUGUACCGCGAUCUCAAAACUGAAGGUAGCAAGACAUCAGCGUCAGUUCACGUGUUUGUUCGAGAUGACAAGGUGCCGUUUGUCCCGUCUGGGAAGGAUUACGAGGUGGUGUUCAUCCGGGAAGGCGAACGGGUGGUUAUCCCAUGUCGAGGGUCUCUGGAAAACCUCAACGUAACACUUCAUACCGAGUAUCCAAACAAGGAGUUCCAUCCUGACGGGAAAGACUCCUUGUGGGAUGCAAAAACCGGCUUUACCAUCCCCAGUCAUCUGAUCAGCUACGCUGGCCUAGUCUCUUGUCAGACCCGCAUCGGCGACGAGACAUUCAAGUCUCCCCUCUACGUGGUGGCAGUCGUUGGAUACAAGAUCUACGAUUUAACCCUGACCCCGACACAAGUCAGGCUAUCCGUCGGGGAGCGUCUGAAGCUGAUUUGUAUUGCGUUCACGGAACUCAAUGUGGGCAUCGAGUUCAACUGGACGCACGCUGGACUGCCUUUGAUAACAGGUAACAGUUCAAGGGCGGCUAACAUGACGGCGCACAAGAAGAAGCUCUGGGACUCAUUGGAGUUGUCCAACACGCUAACGGUGGAUAACGUGACAGUGGAGCACACUGGUGAAUACACCUGCACCGCCUCCAGUGGCGCUAUGGAGAAGAGCGCUUCGGCCUUCCUCAAGGUCCAUGAGAAGCCGUUUAUUGACAUGAAGGAGCCGUGGAAUGAUGUAUGGGAGGUGAAUGUGGGAGGUUUGUUUCCCACCUCCAUACCUGUCAAGUACUCAGCAUAUCCCGAACCAAGCUUUAAAUGGUUAAAAAAUGGUCUUCCCCUGAAGGAAGACCACCGGAUUAAGCCAAGAAGUGACGCCAUCAUUUUCAACGGCGUUACCGAAACGGAUGCGGGCAACUAUACCAUCAUCCUCAGCAACAAGAUAAAAGACGAGCAGAGAUCUUUCCAGCUUCUGGUUAAUGUUCCUCCUCAUAUCAUCGAGAAGGAAGUGGCGGUCGACACUGAUGUUUUCCUGUAUGGCAGCAGUCCCAUGCUGCGAUGCACUGCUCGAGGCUUCCCCACGCCCACGCACAUCCAGUGGCAGUGGAUGCCCAUGGCUGACUGUCCAGAAGCCUUCCUGCCUGAACUGUUGCACUCUGAGGAACAAAUAGCGUACUGCAAGGCUUGGCGCGACAUCCACAAUGGCACUGCACACAACCCCGUGGAACGGAUUUCCACUGAUGUUGAUCAUGCCCAGAAGAAAAUGGUGAGCUCGCUGAAAUUUCAGAAAGCCGAAGUUCACGCUCUCUACCGAUGCACGGCUGCAAACAAAAUCGGAAAGGAUUCCCGUGUCAUUUUCUUCCACGUGACACGCGGUUUGGAGCUGAGUGUGUCGCCGUCCGUACCCCUGGAGGAAGGACGUGUAGCUCUGUGGUGCAAGGCGGACGGGCUGAUCUAUGGCAACCUGGCCUGGUACCACGUGACCAACGUGUCCGGUUGGGAGCGGGCGGCAGGCGUGCAGCCGUGCCGUUCAUUGGUGCUGCCGUCGAAACCGCUGUUGCGGCACGUUACGUCAGAAGGGGAUCGCGGCACCAAUGUGAGCUUAGAGCUGCUUCUGCCUAAUGCUUCCCGCCAGGACGAGGGUCUUUACGCUUGCCAGGUAGAGAACAUCAAGACCCGAGAGAGGACCUGCCUGCUGCGCUACCUGUCGCUCAGAGGUCUGGAGGCUCCAAGAAUCUUAAACAAUCUUACCGACCAAAAAGUCAAUGUGAGCACCACUGUCACGCUGUUGUGUGACGCUACCGGCACCCCUGACCCAAAGGUGGUGUGGACCAAAAACAACCACACGGUGGUGGAAGGCUCGGGCGUGAUCCUGAGCCGGCGCAGUCACGUGCUGACCAUCCAGCGCGUAAAGCAGGAUGACGGUGGCUUAUACAGCUGCUCUGCUUGCAACAGCCACGGGUGCGACACCUCGCAAGCCUUCUUGACUACUGAAGGUGCAGAGGAAAAGACCAACGUGGAGCUAAUUGUUCCUAUCGGCUCGGUGGUCAUCGCCAUGUUUUUCUGGCUUCUGAUCGUUUUUGUCAUCCGCGGGAGAAAAAGACCCAACGGAGGAGAGCUGAAGACGGGUUACCUCUCCAUGAUCCUCGACUCAGAGGACGUGCCUAUGGACGAGCAGUGUGAGAGGCUCACUUAUGACGCUAACAAGUGGGAGUUCCCUCGGGACAGGCUGAAGCUAGGCGAUCCGCUGGGACGAGGUGCAUUUGGUCAGGUCGUUGAAGCUGCUGCUUUUGGCAUUGAAAAAGUUGCCACCUGCACCACUGUUGCGGUCAAGAUGCUUAAAGAGGGUGCCACGUCCAGCGAGUACCGAGCUUUAAUGUCAGAACUAAAAAUCCUCAUCCACAUCGGACAUCACCUCAAUGUAGUCAAUCUACUGGGAGCCUGUACCAAGACUGGCGGCCCUCUCAUGGUCAUUGUGGAGUACUGCAAACACGGAAACCUAUCUAGCUACCUGAAAAGCAAGCGCGGAGAGUACAGUCCAUACAAGCGAAAGAGAACUGACAGCCGGAGGUGGACAUCCACGGUAGACGACGUAACCGAAGGAGAUCUCGGCUUGGGGAAGAUUGCGCAGCUGGACAUUUGCACAGGGACGGCCGACAGAGCUUCAGGCCACUCGAAUCCUCAGGACGAGAGCACAGACGAAGACCACCUAACUAUGGAAGACCUGAUAUCCUAUAGUUUUCAGGUGGCCAAAGGAAUGGAGUUCCUCUCCUCUCGCAAGUGCAUCCACAGAGAUCUUGCUGCAAGGAACAUUCUGCUCUCUGAGAACAACGUGGUAAAGAUCUGCGACUUUGGUCUGGCCAGGGACGUCUACAAGGACCCCGACUAUGUCCGCAAGGGAGAUGCACGUCUUCCUUUGAAGUGGAUGGCUCCAGAAACCAUCUUCGACCGGGUGUACACAACCCAGAGUGAUGUCUGGUCCUUUGGGGUCCUACUCUGGGAGAUAUUCUCACUGGGAGCAUCUCCUUAUCCUGGUGUCUGCAUUGAUGAAACCUUCUGCCGAAGGCUUAAAGAAGGCACCAGGAUGCGUCCACCGGAGUAUGCCACUUCGGAAAUAUAUCAGACCAUGCUUGAUUGCUGGUUGGACCGUCCCACGGACAGGCCGACAUUCGCUGAACUGGUUGAGCAUCUAGGCAACCUGUUGCAGGCCAGCGUUCGUCAGGAUGGUAAGGACUACAUCCCGCUGACAGCAGGAGGUGACACAAUGGGAGUUCCAGGUUACACUACACCUCAGAGCAGAGAAGCCCUGGAUGCGCAGCCACACUACGACAACGCUGUGUCUUUCGGGCAAGGUGAAACGUGCAGCCGGAGGCUCAGCGUGAAGACGUUUGACGAUGUUCCUGUGGAGCAUAACAGUGUCAUGGAAGGUCACAUAGAUAGUUCAGCCGACGAGGCAAAAGGUUUGAAUCCUCAGCUCCUCACGACACACAACUUUAGCCAACUUCUGCGCUGCAAGAGCAAAGAAUCCCUGGCUUCCGGCUCUUCCAACCAGACAAGCGGCUACCAGUCCGGCUACCACUCGGAUGACGCUGACACACCCGUUUAUGCUAACGAGGAGGCCAUCGUCAAGCACGCCAUGCUGCUAAAAAAGCAGAAACCUCCCCCCAUCCACAAAUUCGGCAUGGAGAUCCGCUACAGCACGCCGCCAGUCUGACCUGCUGAACCCUCGUGCUUGUACAAUGUUUUUGUGGAACAAUUAGUAGAGCUGUCGUUGUUGUGGAUGGCAUCGUAAAUCAACCGAGGAAAAAAUGAAGGUUGAAUGACGAGAGGGUGUAAAUUAGCCCGGCUAUCGUGUUUGCUCAGCGAGCUAACGAGAGGACUCGCUUCCUGCGUCGCAGGAAACACUGUCGGAAAUUUUUAGAUCGUGACGUCAGUGCACCGAAUUCUUUUGUUUGUUUGGGAUUGGAGACAGUUCUCUUUUUUGUGUACAGUUGCAGUUACAGUUUUUGUACCCAUGUUACCGUAUAUAUGCAAAUCAGAUAAUUAUAACUAGUUUUAUAAAACAAACUGAUUGGGAUUUUUCCACUAAUAAAGUAUUUGACAUUAAAAAAAAAAUCUUUCAAGUUCAGUUUUUCGCAGGAAUUCUGCUUCAAACAAAAUAGCUGACUCCCUUUUGAAUUUCUAUUGAAAAGCAUUAGGACAGGCUAAGUUGAGAGGAUUUUCACUUUUAAAGUGAGGAUUGUGACUUUUUUCCUCAAGUCAGAAUUCUGACUUUAUUCUCAGAAUUCAGAAUUUAAAGUGAAAAUGAUCACUUUAACCAUUUCGUUCAUGAAUUAUUUUUGUUUUGUUUUUUUAAUCUCUUCCAAGCCACUCAUUUAACUUAUUGGCCACCAUUGACGGCACUCAAACAUGAGCAGUCACAACUAGAGCUGUCCCGAUCGAUCGACAUCCCGAUUGAUCUGGUCCGAUCACGUCAUUUUCAAAGUAUCGGAAUCGGCAUAAAAAUAUCGGCCCUGCCUUUUUU